AUGUCUACCGCUGUUACGUCGCUUUACCGACGCUCCUUGAAGCUGUCGCUUGACUGGGCUGUCCACCGCCAGAUCUGGCGCGGCCAAGCAGUCUACAUCCGGUCCCUGUUUGAGGCCAACAAGGACGUCCGUGACCCUCGCCAACAACAAGUCUUGUUGCGCGAGACAGAGAAGCUGCUGGAGACAUGGAAACACCCUGAUCCCUACCGAGCCCCGACUGCGCCCGGCGGUAACAAGUGGGAGCGCAACCUGCCUGCACGAAUCCUGCCUUAUGCCCAACCCCCUGGUGCUCACUAA